CACGAGCUUCGUGACGCGACAGGAUGCGCGUGGACUGAUGGUGUCAACUCGUGAGCGCGCAAGAGCAGCAAUGGCCGCUGUGGAUCGGCGAAAUCCUAAUCUCGACGAUUUUGUGGGAUUAAAUUGGAGCUCUUGGAUAGAUAUAGCUAAUAUUUUAGCGUCUGACGCUGGGCCAAGUGUGGAAGAAUGCAGCAAGUCUGGGAAGAGCCGCACAGAGACCAUGACCCUCAGGAAAGAAGAUAUGCCCAUAUAUGGCCACUGCCCAGCACACGAUGAUUUCUUUCUGGUGGUGUGCAGCCACUGUGGUCAGGUGGUCAAGCCACAGGCCUUUGAGAAGCACUGUGAGAGGCGCCAUGGUCCUCUCAGUAAGCUGUGUAGCCAGUCCUCCACCUUGGCUCCUCAGCAGCGGCCUCGGCCUGGCCGCCCCCCCUCAGUUCUCUCCUCCUCCAGAGAGAGGCAGACGGACAGCAGACACCGUGAGGCUGGGGACUCAGCAACAGCACCUGUCCCCCAUCACAGACCUGCUAAGGCUCAGAAGGAGGUGGUCAGUUUACCUUCAGUGGAGACAUUCCCUCAGGAGAACCAGCCUUUACCACCCUACUCCUCCAUGGUGCACCCCAGGGUUCCUCCAUGGCACUCAGGACCCCUGCCCCCUGGUGGGUCUUCCUCCUCUUUCACCUCCGCCUCUUCCUCAGAGAAACUCCCUCUGCAGAAAGCUGUGGCCGGGCAAUCCAGUGACCCACAUAACCCUCUGCGAGGCCCAAGAACAUACAGCCGAAUUUACAAAAAAGUUGACAAGAAAGAAUGUGACCUGGACAAACACUGUGGAGUUCUGGAUCCAGAGAGGAAGAAGCUGUGCACCCGGCAGCUUAUGUGCAAUAUUCAUUCCAUCCACCAGCGGCGGAAAGUGGCUGGCAGGAGUAAGACCUUCGAUCAGCUGGUUAUGGAGCAGAGAACGGGUUCUCCGGGCCACGAUCCGGUGCGAGUGCCUGGUCACGAUCUGGGCCGACUCACUGUCACGCCAAAGGACGCUCAGUCACAUGCACAGGCUCCUGAGGAAAAAUCAGCAUCUCAGUGCAACAAACACAACUUUGGCAGCAACUGUUCAAUUCUCAGCAGGUCUGGGGAGUCACCAGAAAGCGGCCCGGAGGAAGAUGGCGACAGCGCUGUGGACGUGGAGGUGCAGCCUCCUUACCCCUUCAACCAGAGCCUUCUGUCCAGUGAGGAGAGUGAAGGAGAGGAGCAAGAGGAGGCGAGGGACCUCCCUGCCACGCCCUGGCACCCAAAACCUCUUGGGCUAUGCACUUUUGGAAGCCGCACCUUGGGCUGUAGCAUCUUCACGUUUGAUCGGCGGUUGCACCACUUGCGAUUUGCUCUCAGUGCCAUGGUGGAGCAUCACAUCAGCACUCACUUGUGGAAGAAAAUGCCUCAAGUGUCAACAGGUCUCAGGUCACAUCACGUCACGGCUGCUACCACAGGGUCAUCUGUCAGGACUGGAGCCAGAACCUCCUCUCCUUCUGGCUCCUCCAGCCUCAGCCCCACUCCCUCAGGACAAUCAGAGACCAAGAGCAGUCAGCACAACCCACUCAGCACCAAGCCGCCUUCUUCCACCACGUCUGCUAACCUCGGGCCGGGCCGAUUGCGCAACCCUGUCGGGCGACCCAGCAAAUCUCGGCAGAGAGAGCUGGAGCUUACACAAACUGCAAGCACGGCAUCGAAAGUUACCAAGCUGUUGCACAGCGGUGAGGACCAAACCUCCAAACACAUCAGGGACUCUGCCCUACACAAGAAGGGACAGACACACUCUCCCACCAGGGUCUACCCCUCGCCCUCCACUCAAGGUCCGAUCAACGGUACCCUCUGUCUAGCAGAGAGGCCUUGCCCUUCUCAGUCAGUAAAACACUCAGAGAGACACUCACCCUCACCCUUGCCGGGGUUGGGGAAGCACUCCCCAUUUACCGCACCUCACCAUGCAACUCAUGCUACGGCCCGCAGCAGAGGGAGACCUCCAGGGGCUCAGCGGAGGGCAGCAGGUGAUGACCACCGGGGUCUGGCCCAGAAGCGAAAGGCCAGCAGUGGAUCACCACCACUCAGCCCUUCACUGUCCAGGACCCCCAAGUCUCACUCCAGCCUCUUCUCCUGGAAAGGGGAGAGCAUAGGGGCCAUGCUGGCUCGGGGCCUGGAAAAGAGAAUGGACUCCUCCUAAAGACCAAAAUGUCAACAUUAAGGAAGCCUGCCUUAAAAAGACCACUUGGAGAAGAAGGCUGCUGCAGGCUGCAACUGCUGCCAGCACAGUAUGUGUGUCUCUGUGUGUGUGUGUGUGUGUGUGUGUGUGUGUGUGUGUGUGUGUGUAUGAGAGAAAGAGAUACAGAUAGCGAGAGAAUUUGUAUGAUGAGGUUUAUUUGUUUUCUGUGUGCAUGUGUAUUCAAGUCUUUAUGCACAAGUCAUCAGGAAUGAUUGUCUGCACAGUAUGUGUGUAUCUAUUGAUGCAAUUGUCCACACUAUUUUUGUACAUGUCUGAAUGACUCAGUUGGUUACCUGUGAACUUAGAAAUACCUCGACCUACCCGUUACGCUGCUAAAAUGAAAAGUCAAAUGGUAAAACAAAUAAAAAUUCUUAACAUGCA